CAGGCAGAGACCAGACGGGAAGGACCUAAGAUAGGCGACGGCCGGGCGGUCGUUUUAUUGAUUCUGGGGCGCCGCGGCGCUACCCACCCGCGGCGGGGUAGAGCCUGCUGGCCGAGAGAAAAACUCUUCUCUCUUUCCCCGAGGCGAGGAGGCGACGAUUUUCUCUCCAACGAUCGUCUCUCUCUUCGUCCUUUUGUAUACCUUCAUCGAAACCGGCGGAGACCGAUUUUUCCCGACCUCUUCUUCUCACUUUUCCACCCUUUCUCUCUCUCUCUCUCUCUCUCUCUCUCUCCCCACGCGAUCGCGAUCUCCCCUCGAGUAUCUUCCCCCUAUUCUCACGGUGCAAACUCAUUCUCAGAGCCGGCCGGUGGGUGUGUGCAACGACACCGUCGUCGUCGUCGGAGAAUCGUCGGUAUCAACUUCGCUUCUUGGUAGCGGUCAGAAAACGGGCACGAUCGAUCGGUCGUAUGGGAUAACCCGCGAAAGUGAAGAAGGGUGAACCAAUAACCUGAAGACUACCGGGAAAGUUUCUCGUGAAAUAUCCGCGCCGGUUCUUGUCGCAAUGUGACCAGGAACUUUUAUGAGUAUAUACAAGAAUCUACAAAAUAAUUUAGAAAAAAGAAACCUGUGAGAAGCAAUAAGUGACAAAACACUAGGAAAUUACUCUCGUCGUUGCGGAAGAAUCGAUUUCGCGAAGGAGAGAUUAAGGAAAUCGAUGACGAUCGAUGAUCAUAUGUUUUACACUAUCCUCCAAGUGUCAACGCAGACAGGUUAGAGAGAUAUCGACGAGAUCGAAUUAAUUCGAAGUUGCCCUAGAUACCUCCUGUGGAAAAUAACAAAAAGAGAUCGUCGGCAUUCGGAAGCAUCCCGAAUGUUCGUGAUGAUAACAAAGAAAAUAAAGAAACAAGAAUCGCUUUAAAUGCUGCGGCUAAAUUUUCACGCUAAAUUUAAACUCUAAAGUUCGCCAGUGGAUAUGAUGAUGGAAUUUGCAUGGAAGUAAUUUUUUAAGAAAGGUACGGAGAGAAUUAUCGAUUAUUUUCACACUUAUGCUCGUCGAAUUGAAAGUACGAUUGCGAGAAAAUUAGAUUCAUCGCGUAAAGGUGAGAGGUAACGUCUAAGCUCGUCGAAUAAAGACCAAAAAUAAGAGACAAGAACGUGAAGAAAACGUGAAGUAAAAGUUGCGGGAAUUCGCGAGACACAAAUGGACGUAGACAUGAUCGAGGAAGCUGAUUUCCAUAGGAUCUCCAUCAGAAAUUCGAUGGAAGCAUCGUAAGCUGCUAUUGGGGCUGCGCUGAUCGCGUCGAUCGUCCGAGGAAUCGGUCGAUCGGUUGCCAACGCCUCGAUUUCGACAAAGGAAAACCCAGACCUGAUCUUCCGGGAGGUGUCGGUGCUGCGGUGCUGAAAUGGGCCCCGCCAGCAGCCGCGAGCAGAUAGGCGAGCAACUCGGCGACGACGAUGGCCUGCAGAUCCAUCCGAAACCAAUGAUAGUGGCGAACAAUAUCACGGAAAGCGAAUAUUCUGUAGAAGAGCAAGCGAGAUUAACGGGGACAGAUGGACCGGGUGGCGAUGAAGCUUCGCCGGAAGAUGAGGGAGGUUCGCUUUGCGAAUACCACGAUAUACCACCCCCACCUGACGGUGGCUACGGUUGGGUGGUGGUAUUCGCAUCGUUUAUGUGUAACAUGAUAGUGGACGGUAUCGCCUACACGUUCGGCGUUUUUCUAGGAGAGUUUGUUAAAUAUUUUGGGGAAGGAAAAGGCAAGACUGCUUGGGUCGGUUCGUUGCUAUCUGGAAUGUACCUUAGCGCUGGCCCCGUCGUCAGUGCUUUAACGAAUAAGUAUGGAUGUAGAGCAGUAUGUAUGGCAGGGAGUUUCUUAGGCGCCGCCGCAUUUGUACUUUCAACAUUUUCAAGCAGUGUAAAUAUGCUUAUGAUAACUUACGGUAUUAUGGGAGGACUUGGAUUUGGUUUGAUAUAUCUACCUGCAGUAGUUUGCGUAGGCUAUUAUUUUGAGACCAAGAGAUCCUUAGCUACGGGUAUCGCGGUAUGCGGAUCGGGAUUCGGCACGUUCGCGUUCGCGCCUCUCGCGACUCUGUUGCUGGAAACGUACAGCUGGAAGGGAGCAAAUCUAAUCCUGGCUGGCCUCAUCUUGAAUUGCGCAGUAUUUGGUGCCUUGAUGAGGCCUUUGGAAUAUCCAAAAGCUUCCUCUGUUAAGCCAUUGUUACAAAGAAUGGCCGAAGAGAAGAGAUUUCAGAUGGAACGAGGCAGCAUCGGUGGCUCUUAUUUUAUGGUGCAAUUGCCGGACGGAUCUAUGGAAAAGAGAAUGAAAAUGCCCAUCAAUAUUGAUCCUGGUGUUCAUUCCAGCUUCAAUUUAGACCAAUUAGUGCCUGGAACUCCUUUAACACCAGUUCCAACGGUGCCAACCCUCCCGACUAUAUCCGAAGUGAAGGUACAAGAGCACUCUUCCAGUGGACACACUAGCGAUAGCGGCAGCAUGGACUUAAAGAAUAUUUCGAAUAAAUCUAAAAGCAAGAAUAUCGACGAAACCAAAGACACCAAGGACGCGGAGAAGCCCGAGAAUGAAUUUAAUAAGACGAUAAUCCCCAGAAACGCAUCGCAGCCGGCUUUCACGACCCAUGUUCAAGGUUUGCCUAAAAACGGCUCUGUGCCAUUCUUCGAUAGAAUCCGUAAAGCGAGUACCGGUGAGCGCUACAAGCCUAGCCUUAGUGCAAUAAAGAACUCUAGGACAACGCUUAACUCUAAUGGAGACAUCAGAAAGAGCUUGCACCUGAGACUUUCCACGAGUAGUAUGCUGGGAUCGCGAAAUAAUAAUGCAGAAGUUGAUGAUGGUGAGAGUAUUACUUUUACUACAAGUAAAACUAGUAUCCCAAAGGAAAAACCAAUGAUGGUCCGUCCCUUAUCGAGAAAGGAUAUUUUCUACAGUGGUAGCGUAGUCAAUUUACCAGAAUACCAAAGUCAAAAAUCUCUCGCCAAUUAUCGUCAGAGUGUUAUAUCUAUUCCUAAAUCUGUACGUGGAGACAUGAAGGACAUUGAUAUGGAAAAAGGGCAACAACAACCUUUAUGUCCUUGCUUGGUAAUACCUGAAUCGUUUAAGGAAGCUCUAGCGACAAUGAUGGAUAUGUCCUUAUUGAAAGAUCCUGUUUUCCUUUUAAUUGGUAUUAGCAACGUGUUUGGUAUGGCUGGAUUAUAUGUUCCUUUUGUAUAUCUGGUGGAUGCUGCGGUCUUAGAUGGAAUUGAAAGCAAUUCUGCGUCAUUCUUAUUAUCUAUCAUUGGAAUAACGAAUACUAUAGGUCGUGUGGCUUGUGGAUAUGUCGCCGAUUUUCCGCAAGUCGAUUCUUUACUGUUAAACAAUAUUUGCUUAAUUAUAUCUACAAUCGCAGUAGCCGCAACGCCAUUUUGCCAUAGUUACGCUGCUUAUAUUAUCAUGAGCAUAUUUUUCGGAAUAGCAAUAUCUGGGUAUAUCUCAUUAACAUCAAUUAUUUUGGUGGACCUUUUGGGAUUAGAUAAAUUAACGAAUGCUUUCGGCCUUUUAAUUCUAUUCAGAGGGGCUGCCGCAAUAGUUGGCUCACCCUUAGCGGGCGCUGUUUACGACGCGACGCAAAGCUAUAGCAUCCCGUUUUUCAUGGCAGGGUUUUUCUUCCUUGUAAGCACUAUUACUAGUUUCAUGGCCCCUGCUAUGAAACGGUGCACUACACCGCAGACUCAACCUGUGAUAUUAGAUACAUUGACUCCAAUCGACGAAGAUAUCGAGGAAGAGAACGAGGAGGAUUUACCGGAAAUAAUAGAAACCGCGCCGUCACCCUUAGAACCACCCGAGAAGGAAAUCAAGCAAAUAGAAUCUGUUUUAUAAAUAUUUCUGAUCUUUUUUAAACGGAUAAAAACCGCCUUCACUCCGAGCCACACUGUGAUAGGGCUGCUACUUUAAAGUCUCAAAAACGUACUUCUUUGUUACAUACUUAAUCGAUAAAGCACAAAUUAGUGGCAUACCUGGUGGAAUUUUUAUACUUACUUACGUACUUAGAUUUGUACAACUGUAUAUGUUUUUUGUUUUAGUUUUCUUUUUCUAUUGAAAACCGAUAAACAUUAUAUAUAUAUAUGAAAUCCCAUCAGGUAUACUUAGUUGCCUACGUGUAAUAGUAAAAAAAAUGAUAGAGCGUUUUAUUAACCUAAUCAGUAUCGAUCAAGCAGUAUAUAUAUGUAUAGAGAGAGAGAGGGAAAAAAUAUUAAACUAAAAAAAAUGCUCUUAUACCGUGCAUAUCGAAUAAUUCUGAAUAAAUUAUUAAUCUGCAUCAUAGGGAUAUAAUAUUAAAUAAUUUAAAAAUGAUAUAAUACACAAUUGUAUAUACAAGGAUCGGUCAACGCGUCACUUGAUUGGACUCGCUCGUUUUAAUCAUGAGGCUUGAUAAUGUAUACACGAAUAAAAUCUAUGUAUUCUUACUUUAUUAAU